AUGAGUUUAAACGCUGCAUAAACAAAAUUAAAAAAAGAAUUUAUGAAUUUUACAGGUGUAGAUGAGAAAACAGCUAUAAGCAUAUUAAAAAAAUACAAUUUCGAUGUCAAUUAAGCUGUAAAUAAAUAUUUUGAAAGUGAAUCAAAAAGUGGUCCAAAUGCAUAAAAAUAUGAAUAAAUAUUUAAUACUUAUAUGGAUUCAUAAAGUAAAAAAAUUGAAGCAGAAGGAAUUUAAAAAUUCUGUAAUGAUUUAGGAAUUAGUCCUAUGGAUGCCGUAAUUUUGGUAAUUUCAUAUUAUUUUGGUGCUAAGAAAUCCGGAGAAUAUACAAAAGAAGAAUUUUGUUAAGGUAUGAGUGUAUUAAAAGUGACUAGUAUAGCAGAAUUAAAAGCUAAUAUUCCACAUAUAAGAAAUGAGCUUAUGGAUGAAGAGACUUUUAAAAAAGUUUAUAAAUUUACAUUUAAUUUUUCUAGAGAAUCUAAAAAUUUAGAAUUUGAAUCUGCUAGAGCACUUUGGGAAAUUCUAUUACCUUUUGUAUUCCAUUUUCAUAAAGAAUGGCUUUAAUUUUUAGAUUAAUUGCCUAAAGAAAAAUAAAAAGAUAUUAGUUAAGAUUUGUGGAAUAUGCUUUUAGAAUUUCAUAUCUAAGUUAGAAAUGAUUUAAGCAAAUAUGAUCCUUAUAGUGCUUGGCCAAGUUAAAUUGAUGAAUUUAUGGAAUUCAUGGGAUUUAAGCCUUAAUUUGAAGAAUAUUGA